ACAACAUUAGGAUUUCUAGGUUUCUUCCAGAAAAUAGUAGGCAGAUUGUGAUUGAAUAUGGUGAAAGGGGAAAACGCAGAAAUUCAGAGUUCCGACAAUGAAAAAGAUAAGAAUGUUUUAGAGUUAAUGGAUUCGACGGACAACUAUCUUAUUCUUAUGAACUCUCUGUCUUCAUCACUUCGCCAGGGAUGGCUGGAGCUGGCGAGUGCUAGACAUUCUAUGGGUGCUUCACGUAUCAGUAGUGCAUUGUUUGAUCUCAAAUCUCAUUCUGCUGCCACUACAUUGCAAUUAAAUCACCAGGAUGCUGGGCAUGGAUCGGAGAAAUCACAUUUCAGUUUGUGCAAGUGGGCAUCAUCUGAGAGUCCAAAAAGCUGUUCUGAGGAGGCAAAAUGUGAGGAGGAUAAGCUGUUACAGAAGAAAUCCAAUAGCCCAAAGGUUUUGAAUCAGGAUGGUUCGUCAAAUUCUGUUCAGGAAGAAAUGUCAGAAGCGCCAGAAGCUACCGAAUCACCACGCACGGUGGAGGAUCAAGCUCGAAAAGAGCGACUCAAGUCAUUGUCCAUGUUUGGAGUGCUGGUCUGUCCAAAGCUUCGAGCAGCCCAAUCGUCAUUUGAGACAGCUCUUGAAACUCUAGUAGAAGUAGCAAAUAAACGGGCAGACCUGCUUAAUGCUUAUGACCAACUGCGAGAAAAGAUGGAGAGCGCCACCAAAUGACGAAAGAAGCCAAGCCCUGUGUCUGGAGAUCUUGCCUCCUUCUGACCUUCGCCAAGGGGGAAUAAAUCAAAUAAAUGCAAAUACAGCCCUGUCUAAAAAGGAAAACAAAAAGGAGAAAAGAAAAGAAGAGGAACAGACUCGAAGGUCCGGAGAUGGCGGCAUUGGAACAGAGAGCUGAUGGUUUUAUUUGAACUGAUUUAUUUUAAAACUAGUCUCUUCAUGCCUGCUAUCCUUACCACAAGUCCGUGUUUGUAUUUCUGCUUAUCUGUAAGAUACUCCGGUGUAAGUUCUUGCAGAUUUCAUAUGUGUUUUCACAGGGCAUGUAUUAAUUGUGCAACUAACUCAAAACUUGUGAGCUAGUCCUUUUGAGGGGAUGCAGGUUCCAAUAGCCAACUAAGUGACUCAAGUCUUAAGUAUUAUGUUAAACAUUGAUAUGUAGAAAGAAUUUUAGUGGUUAUAGAAUGUUCAAUAAUUCCAUUUUAA